AUGAUGACCUCGAAUCUCCUGUCGAAAUUCUUACCAACGAACAACGGACAGUCAAUAUACGAGGAACUUAGAGCACACGACGAGCCGUCCGAGUUAGAUAUUGAAGAUCAAGCUGGCUUGGCGCUGGACGAGGAGAAUUUGCGAUAUGCAGAUGAUCAUUUCGAUAAUGCGGAGGUCUUUAAUGGCGAGGAUAGUCGAAUCACCACUACAAGUACGACAUUCUUGAACCGUGAUCGAGCCCAGUCGCAGGGUCGACAAGAUGGGCGGCAUGGCAACGAUGGGCCGGCGUCGGUGUUUCUAUCACAAUCCCCCAGACUAUUGGAAGAUGAUGAGGAGGACGACGUACCUGAAUCACUCUUGAUUGAAGGAAACGAUAUGGUAGGUCCUAGUACUACGAGCAAGCCGACGACACAUCGAAGUUCGAAACAAAAACGUUCAUCUGCAAUUCCAGGACCACCGAGCAGAGAAAAUAGAGCUCACUGGGAGACUGCUCAAGCCCAGCAGCAACUUCAUCAAGAAAAUAGAGCUCCGUCCAUUGGCGAGACGCCGAGAAGAACGAAUGCGAGGCUUUUUAUAGGCAGUGCAAAAGACAAGGCGAUGUGGAGAUGGAAUAAUGUUGUUGACAUUGAUGGUUUUAUGCACGAAGUUUACGACUAUUAUAAGGGACGGGGGAUCGCGUGUAUAUUGCUUGAAAGAAGUCUGUCAUUUGCCAAGCAGGUGUUUUUGGCGGUGUUCUUGGUAUUCCUCACGCAGUGUGUUGACUAUCGUUUAAUACCGAGCAAAAAGAGACUGUCUGAGGUGAUAAUACCGAAGUGUACAACGAAGAUCUCGGGAUUUACCAGUUUUGGCAUCUGGUUAUUUUGCUUUUACGUGCUCCUUCAACUAUACAGCCUCGUUUUUGUCAUACUUCCUCGAUUAUUCCGCACUCGCGAUUUCUUUACCCAUCUUCUCGAGAUCCCAGAGAUUGAGAUGCAGACGGUGACCUGGCAGACCGUUGUCGCGAAAAUAAUGGCGAUGAGAGAUGCAAAUCCAAGCCUGGUGGAGAAGAUUUCAUCUGAAAACCGCAAAUUCAUUGGAAAGAAUUCGAAAGAACGACUGGACGCUCAUGACAUUGCAAACAGGCUCAUGCGGAGAGAGAACUACCUGAUUGCUAUGUUCAACAAGGAGAUCCUAGAUCUAACCUUGCCAUUACCAUUUUUGGGAGGCCGACAGUUAUUUUCACGACAUCUGUUGUUGAUGCUUGACUUUACCAUCAUGGAUUUUGUCUUUUUCCAGUCUAAUCAAGUGUCUCAAUUAUUCUUGAAGGACUCUAAGCGACGGGAAUUGAGUGAUGGAUUGAAGCGCAGGUUCAAAAUCUGUGCCUUGCUCAACGCUUUUGCCAUACCUGUAGUGGUACCUUAUUAUAUGGUCCUCUUCUUCUUUCGCUACUUCAAUGAAUACAAAAAGAAUCCGUCGACGAUUGGCCAAAGAUCUUAUACUCCGCUAGCAGAGUGGAAAUUCCGAGAAUUCAAUGAAUUGGAGCACAUGUUUCACGAGCGUCUGAACAUGUCUUAUUUCUUCGCAACCCGCUAUUUGGAGCAGUUUCCAAAAGUCAAGACCGGCCAUUUCGCGACAUUCGUCAUGUUUGUGACUGGAUCAAUCAUUGCCGUAUUAUCGAUUGCUGCUCUUUUAGACCCAGAGAUGUUUUUCAGCUUUGAGAUUGCUGGUGACACUAGUGUCGCUUUGUGGAUUACAGGACUUGGUGCUAUAUGGGCAGUUAUGAGCGGUUCCGUUCCAGAGCCAAACGGGGUAUUUGAUCCUGAGCAGGAGAUGCGAUCCGUCAUCCAAUACACGCACUACGGGCCACCUCAUUGGGAGGGCCGCCUCGAAACAAACGAUGUGAUGCGUGAGUUCUCAUCACUUUAUCAAAUGAAGCUCUUGCAAUUUUUUCAAGAGAUAUUCUGCAUUAUUGCUACUCCUUUUGUGCUCGGUGUCAGCCUUCCGAGAUGCGCCGACCAAAUUAUCGAUUUCUUCCGAGAGUUUACGGUCCACGUCGACGGAGUCGGUUACGUGUGCUCCUUUGCGGUGUUCGACUUCAAACGUGGCGACGGUAGGAACGGUGGCCAGGCACCGGUGGCCGAUGCCAGAGAUGACUACUAUUCUACAAAGCAUGGCAAGAUGACCGCAUCGUAUUAUGGCUUUGUUGAUAAGUAUGUUAACCAAGCAAAACCUAACUCGAACCAACAUGCGGCGCCCGGUAUGCGGUAUGAAUUCAAUCACCCGCCUACAUUCCCCGGACUGCAAUCUCCAUCUCUCGCUGCAGAUUUGCAGUCGUCGAGGAUGGGGCGUAGUGAACGACGUCCCAUACGAGCACCAAAUGCUUUAGCCCAAGCCGCGCGAACUCCUCGAUUCGGAGCUGUACCGACACAUGGGUCGCCCAUGACAUCUAUGCUUCUUGAUCCCAUUCAUCAAUCUAGUUACGGGGCACGGAGUGUCCAUCGUGGUGCGAAAUCACGGCAUCACCUUCGGAAUAACAUAGCUGAAGAAGCUAUAGAAGAUGAAGAUAGUGGACGACCUGGACGACUCUCGAAGCGGAGUUCUUCCAUGCGAGAUCCAUUCGAGAGUACGGCUGGACUCGGGGAGUCGAGAUGGGAAACAUCACCCACUCGAGGCACGGACAUUGAUGAGGAGGACGAAGCUGAUCAUGCAGGUGCUGGCGUAGGCGUUUUGGGUCUGCUUUACGAAUACCAGAAGGCGCAAACGGAUAGAGCUGGUGUCAAUAUCUGA